AUGGUAGCACUGGUAACAAAUAAUGAUCUCCGAUCAUUGUACGUAGUACCCACAAAGUUACAGGCUGUGUUGAUGAGUACCAAAAAUCUACGUAGAUCACGACAUUAUUCGUUUCUAGAAGAGUGGUCAGAAAAUUGUAUUGUUGUAAGCACUGGCGACAAAUGGAAAACCCGCCGAAAAAUGCUAACGCCAGCGUUCAACUUCCGACUACUGGACAGCAGUCUUCAAAUCUUUAGUGAACACUCUCGAAUACUAGUAGAGAAACUUCAACAGCACCUAACAAAAGAGUAUAUUGACAUUGUACAACCCAUUACACUCUGUGCUUUGGAUAUAAUUACAGAAGCUGCAAUGGGAGUAAAACUGAAAGCACAGGACAAUGACGACUCUCCAUACGUUAAGGCUUUACACAACGUCUGUGCUUUGUUUAUGGCGAGGAUCAUGAGACCAUGGUUGUGGCCUGAUUUUUUCUUCAAUAACUCAUCAUUAGGAUCCAUCUACAAGGAAAACAUCAACAAAGUUAUUGGGUAUAGUCGUGAGGUCAUUAAAAUACGCAAGGAUAGGCUAUUGAAAGAGACCAAAGGAGUAGACAGCAUAAGCAAGGAGGAUUACCAAAAUAAAAGAGAAACUUUCUUAGAGAUCUUGCUCCGCCUGCAUAUGCACAACAACUCUCUGAGUGAGGAAGACGUUCGGGAAGAAGUGGACACGUUCAUGUUUGCUGGACACGAUACCACUGCAUCAGGACUCAGUUGGACGAUCUAUCUUCUGGGGCUGUACCCUGACAUCCAAGAAAAAGUUAGGAAGGAACUUGAUGCUGUAUUUUGUGAUGAUCCUGAUCGAACAUUAACAAUGGAUGACUUACAUCAGUUGAAAUUUCUGGAAUGUGUAAUUAAGGAAUCACACCGACUUUAUCCUCCGGCUCCUUUCAUUGCAAGAGAGUUAGAAGAAGAUUUGAUGAUCAAAGACUUCAACGUUGGAGCGGGCACCACUUGCAUAAUUUUUCCCUAUAUGUUACACCGCGAUCCCAAAAUCUAUCCAAAUCCUGAAAAGUUCGAUCCUGAUCGAUUUCUACCCGAAAACUCCAAAGAUCGUCAUCCAUUCGCAUACAUACCUUUUUCUGGCGGCUUCAGAAACUGUAUAGGUCAGAAGUUCGCCAUGAUUGAAGAAAAGGUUGUCCUGGCUCACCUCAUAAGAAGCUUGUCAUUUAAGUCUCUUGAUCACAGAGACAAGAUUAAGCUAGUGAUGGAGAUGGUUCUACGGACCCCAGGAGAAUUGAGAGUCAAAGUGUCAUCUAGAGA